AGCAAAAUUCCUCGGCUCCUCAAAAUAAAUCAUCAUAUCUUAAUAAUACUACUACUAUUAAUAGCAUUAUACAUUACCCCGGUUAUGGAUUCGCCACGUGGCGGAAUCCUGGGAAGAGCUUUACGAGAAGCAUCACAAUCGACUAGGCAAGAAAAUGAUGUUGAUAUGGAUCAGGUACCCGUACGGCAGAUGAACAGGGAUUACGGUGGAUCCAGGAGGACUCAGAUGAAUCCCCACACCUCCCAACCUGGUCCAUCUCAUGUAUCAAUUGUAAAUGUCCCAGAACGCGGAGGACCCACAUCUUCCACAUCAACCACACAUGAGACAGAGCACACGGCACAUAGGACAGAGUCCGGGAGGUUUAUCAGACGCCGUCGCCAAUCUCGAGAGGUUACCACCACAACCACAAGACCCUAUGACCCCGCUCCUCCAACCCAGACCCGAACAAGCUCCGGCUCAACAGUAAAUGGAUGGGGGGAGAAUCGACCGAAAUCUGCUGAUGAGGAGAUCAAACGGCGGCGAAGAAGUGGCGGGGGAAUCCUGUCUCGCGGGCUUCGAGAAAUGAACAAAAUGGUGGAAGAGUUGGAGCAAGCAAGUGAAGAGCCAAGUACCAGGAAGGGAAUUCUGGGUACUGCGUUAAAGGAUAUGGAAGGGACCACUUAUCAAAAGAUUUACAGGAAAAGGGAGGAAACUCCCAAGCGCUCCCGUUCAUUUGACGAUCAGGAGAUGUCGAAUCGAGUAGGAAUGAUCGAGCACUUGCUCCGAGACAAGGAUCCUUUGGAGCUUCAGCAGUUGGGAUUAACCGACCUCCUCACCACCGACACCAUCCCAACUGACCGACCACCCCUCCGCCGAUCCUCGACCCAUCUCCAAAUCGGAAAGAACUCACGGAUCAUCUUCGUUCCGAAACAACCAUCCCGUGAUUCAGUCACCCCGCCGGAUCGUCUUCUCGGGAAACCUCUGUUUCGAGAGAGUCUCACCUCCCACGCAUCGUCUCAUGAGGAAAUGUCGAGUGAGGACUUGGCAAUGGCGGAUCCUCAGACGAAGAUUUUGUAUUUCGCGAAGAGAGAUGAGUGGGCGAAUGUGGAGUCUGAGAUAGAGACUAUCAAGCGGAGUGAUUUUAGUAUGGCUGAUAAUCACGGCUUCACCGCCUUCCUCCUAGCCGUCAAAGCUGGCAAGGAUCAAAUCGUAGACAAGAUGAUCCGAAAAGGUGCUCGAGUGGACUAUAGCACUAAAGAUGGCCGUAACGCGACUCAUAUUGCCGCCAUGUACUCCGGAGUUGAAACUCUUGAGCUUAUCCUCAAGCGAUACUCUGAGCUGCUCCGAAAAGGUGCGGGGCCUAAAAAGCAGCUGGCAAUCCAUGUGGCUUGCGAGAGAAAAUCCAAGAAAGCAUUUCCAAUUGUGAAGCGGAUUUUGGAAGAUACUGAUCAAAGAAUGGCAGAGGAUGGGGAUGGAUCCUUGCCGAUACACUUGGCAUUCAAGUUUGGGAAUGUUAAUAUUGUGGAGCUUCUGCUAAGUGGGCCUUCGGAUGAACAAACCAGGAAAGCUGAUGGAAACGGGGAUACCUUGCUUCAUUUGGCCGCUCGGAGUGGGAAUAUCGAAGCGGUUCGGACAGCGAUUGCGGCUGGAUGUGAUAAUGCGAAUGUGCAGAAUAGGGUGGGAAGGACGCCGCUACAUGAGGUAGCCGAAGUCGGAGAUCAAAAUAUGCUAAAAAUCAUGUUCAAACUCCGCGCCGACGCCAACAUCCAUGAUAAGGAGGACAAGACUCCGGUACACGUUGCAGCGGAGCGAGGUGACACUUCGAUGGUCGAGUCACUAAUUGACAAGUUUGGUGGCUCAAUUCGCGCUAGGACCCGUGAUGGGUCGACGCUUCUGCAUAUUGCCGCAUGUUCAGGACAUACUAGCACCGCAUUGGCGUUUUUGAAGAGAGGAGUCCCCCUCUUCAUGCCCAACAAAAAAGGAGCCCUGGGUCUUCACUCCGCAGCAGCUGCUGGCUUCAACGACGUCGUCAAAAUGCUCAUUGCUCGGGGUACUAAUGUAGAUGUCCGUACACGAGACAACUACACCGCUCUCCACGUAGCGGUUCAAUCUGGCAAGGCUUCGGUUGUAGAGACCCUGCUGGGAAGUGGUGCAGACAUUCAUGUGAAGGGCGGGGAACUAGGACAAACUGCACUGCACAUUGCGGCAAGCUUGAAUGGAGCCGAGAGUCGGGAUUGUGCGAUGAUGUUGCUGAAAAGUGGAGGGCAGCCGGAUGUUGCACAAAUGGAUGGGGAGACUUGUCUGCAUAUUGCUGCCAGGAGUGGGAAUAAGGAUAUCAUGAGGCUCCUGCUUGACGAGAACGCCGACUCGAAAAUAAGCUCAAAGAUCGGAGAGACACCCCUCCAGGUGGCCGCCAAGUCAUGCAAUUUUGAAGCAGCAUCAAUGAUUUUGAAGCACCUUUCGGAAGUUCUGACCCAAGAACAGCUUAAGGAACAUGUCAAUCAUAGAACCAAUGACGGCUUCACAGCUCUUCACUACGCCGCUGAAAUCGAGCAGCGCCAGUUACACUUUCCAGGAGAAGAUGCCAAGCUAGUAAAUCUUCUGAUCGACUACGGUGGAAUGGUAGAAAUGCCAUCACUCAAUGCAAAUGAGACGGCGAUGCAUAUGGCGGCAAGAUCCGGAAAUCAAGCUGUACUCCUGGCGAUGGUCAAUAAGAUCGGAGCCGGUGCGGUGCAAAUCGUGCAGAACAAGCAGAGCAAGAACGGAUGGUCACCGCUGUUGGAAGCAUGUGCCAGAGGGCAUUCUGGAGUGGCGAAUAUUUUGUUGAAGCACCACGCCCGUAUUGAUGUAUUCGAUGAAAUGGGCCGUACUGCUCUGCACCUGGCAGCUUUCAAUGGGCAUCUCUCCCUGGUUCACCUUCUUCUGCAGCACAAAGCAUUCGUGAACAGUAAAUCGAAAACCGGAGAGGCACCGCUCCACUUAGCAGCUCAGCAUGGUCAUGUGAAGGUGGUGAAUGUCCUGGUGCAGGAUCAUGGUGCAGCGCUGGAGGCAAUUACGCUGGAUAAUCAGACAGCCCUCCACUUUGCCGCAAAAUUCGGUCAGCUAGCUGUGAGUCAAACCCUUCUGGCUCUCGGAGCAAACCCCAAUGCACGUGACGACAAGGGUCAAACCCCUCUCCAUCUGGCAGCUGAGAAUGACUUCCCCGACGUUGUGAAGCUCUUCCUGAAAAUGAGAAAUAACAACCGGAGUGUGUUGACCGCAAUUGAUCAUAAUGGAUUCACCUGCGCACAUAUUGCUGCGAUGAAGGGUUCCCUAGCCGUGGUCCGUGAGCUUAUGAUGAUCGACAAGCCUAUGGUAAUCCAGGCAAAGACCAAAACACUGGAAGCCACUACACUUCAUAUGGCAGCUGCGGGAGGUCACGCGAACAUUGUGAAGAUUCUGCUGGAGAAUGGAGCAAACGCGGAAGAUGAGAAUUCGCACGGAAUGACUGCUCUCCACCUUGGCGCCAAAAACGGAUUCAUAUCGAUUUUGGAGGCAUUCGAUAAGAUCCUAUGGAAACGGUGUUCGAGAAAGACCGGUCUCAACGCUCUCCACAUCGCUGCGUUCUACGGAAAUUCGGAUUUCGUCAAUGAAAUGCUCAAGCACGUACAAGCAACAGUCCGUUCCGAGCCGCCCAUCUACAAUCACCAUGUCAAUAAGGAAUUCUCAACUGAAUACGGCUUCACACCUCUCCAUUUAGCCGCUCAAAGUGGACACGACAGUCUUGUGCGGAUGCUUCUGAAUCAGGGAGUGCAAGUUGACGCGACCAGUACUACAAUGAACGUGAUCCCCCUCCAUCUGGCUGCCCAGCAAGGCCACAUCGCAGUGGUAGGAAUGCUCCUGUCCAGAUCUACUCAGCAGCAGCACGCCAAGGAUUGGAGAGGCAGGACCCCGCUCCACCUAGCCGCUCAGAAUGGCCACUACGAGAUGGUCUCACUUCUCAUUGCUCAGGGAUCUAACAUCAAUGUCAUGGAUCAGAAUGGCUGGACUGGUCUUCACUUUGCCACUCGUGCCGGGCACCUGAGUGUCGUCAAGCUGUUCAUCGAUAGUUCAGCGGAUCCAUUGGCGGAGACCAAGGAGGGCAAAGUUCCAUUGUGCUUUGCUGCAGCUCAUAAUCAUAUAGAAUGUCUUCGAUUCCUCCUGAAACAGAAGCAUGACACACAUCAAUUGAUGGAAGAUCGGAAGUUCAUAUUCGACUUGAUGGUUUGUGGUAAAACCAAUGACAAUGAGCCUCUACAAGAGUUUAUUCUUCAAUCACCUGCUCCAAUUGAGACGGCAGUCAAGUUGUCCGCGUUGUACAGAGAUAUGUCGGAGAAGGAGAAGGAGAGGGCGAAGGAUCUGUUGAAUGUGGCAGUGUUCAGUGAGAAUAUGGCUGUGGAGUUGUUAGGGAUCACCGCCACCGAAUACAAUGCCGCUCUUCUCCUGAAGGCUAAGGACAAUCGAGGCCGGCCCCUACUAGAUGUUCUCAUUGAAAAUGAGCAGAAAGAAGUAGUCUCCUACGCGUCUGUCCAACGCUACCUGACAGAAGUAUGGACUGCCCGUGUCGACUGGUCAUUCGGAAAGUUUGUCGCAUUCUCCCUCUUCGUGCUAAUAUGCCCCCCGGCAUGGUUCUACUUCUCACUUCCACUGGAUAGUCGGAUCGGAAGAGCUCCGAUUAUUAAAUUUGUGUGCCAUAUCGUGUCUCAUGUCUAUUUUACGAUACUGCUGACAAUUGUGGUGUUGAAUAUUACACAUAAGAUGUACGAAGUAACUUCGGUGGUUCCAAACCCUGUGGAAUGGCUCCUGUUGCUCUGGCUCUCUGGAAAUCUGGUCUCCGAACUCUCCACUGUCGGUGGAGGAUCUGGCCUAGGAAUCGUAAAGGUCCUAAUCCUAGUCCUUUCCGCGAUGGCGAUAGCCGUCCAUGUCCUAGCCUUCCUGCUCCCGGCAGUAUUCCUAACCCACCUGGAUAACGAUGAAAAGCUACAUUUCGCCCGGACAAUGCUUUAUUUGAAAAAUCAACUUUUCGCCUUUGCCCUGCUAUUUGCUUUUGUAGAGUACCUGGAUUUCCUGACAGUGCAUCAUUUGUUCGGUCCCUGGGCGAUCAUUAUUCGAGAUCUAAUGUAUGAUUUGGCCCGUUUCCUUGUGAUCCUGAUGUUGUUCGUGGCGGGCUUCACACUCCACGUGACGAGUAUCUUCCAGCCUGCCUACCAGCCUGUCGACGAGGACAGCGCCGAGCUGAUGCGUCUGGCCUCCCCGUCUCAAACCCUCGAAAUGCUCUUCUUCUCGCUCUUCGGACUCGUCGAGCCCGAUUCAAUGCCCCCGCUCCAUCUAGUUCCAGAUUUUGCAAAAAUCAUCUUAAAACUUCUAUUCGGAAUCUACAUGAUGGUCACCUUGAUUGUGCUGAUCAACUUGCUGAUUGCUAUGAUGUCUGACACCUACCAACGAAUUCAGGCACAGUCGGAUAAGGAAUGGAAGUUCGGAAGAGCUAUUCUGAUCAGACAGAUGAAUAAGAAAAGCGCCACGCCGUCGCCGAUAAAUAUGUUAACAAAGUUGAUAAUUGUGCUGAGGGUAGCCUGGCGGAAUCGGUUGAGAUGCAUGACCCGAAAAGCCCAAGACGAUCUUCGCUUCGAGGAGAACAUCGACGCGUUCUCCAUGGGUGGCGGCCAGCAGGGAAGGCAAAGUCCGACCAAUGAAGGAAGAGAAGGCCAGCAAGAGCUUGGUAACUCGGCUGACUGGAACAUCGAGACAGUCAUCGACUGGAGGAAGAUUGUUUCAAUGUACUAUCAGGCGAAUGGGAAGCUUACAGACGGGCGAACCAAAGAGGAUGUGGAUUUGGCAAUGGCAGUACCUACUAGUUUUUAGCAUAACCCCUUAAUUUCUUUCAAAUGUUUAAUCACACCGGUGACGUUAUUAUGUUUUACGGUUUUUCUUUCUUUUUUUUUACUUUCUGUCCCCAUAUUUGUCUUUCUGUUAUGUUUUUAAAGGGGUAUUGUUGAAUAAAACUUUAUAGUUUAUA